UCUGAACGUUCCCAUGAGUCUGACACACGGUAGAGAUCCACACCACCGGGCGCUGCGUUAUUCAUAAGAUAUAAAAAGAUGGAGGAUUUUGAAUUUCUCUUUGACUUAGACCAGGAUGGAGGGUCUGAUUUGGCCUUUUGGGGACAAAUCGAGCAGAACCUCCAGUUUCAGACCCAGGUUAACUCCGUCUUGAUGGACUGCACGGCGGCAUGCAGCGGCCAGCUGUCCCCCUGGUCCUGUUUCAGCUGUCAGUCCGUGUUCUCGGACCCGCAGCUCACCUUCACCGACCUGGACGCCCAGUCCCCGGGGGGGAGCACCUCCGCCGAGGGUGAGGAGGACUCCCCUGCAGACGCCUCUCUGGAGGCCGCCAGGCGCAGGACGCGCAGGCUGGUGCCUCAUCCGCCGUGCAAGGUGCAGCGGCACGCGGCCAACAUCCGGGAGAGGAAAAGGAUGCUGAGCAUCAACUCCGCCUUUGAAGAGCUCCGCUGCCACGUGCCGACGUUUCCUUACGAGAAGCGGCUGUCGAAGAUCGACACCCUGCGGCUGGCCAUCGCCUACAUCGCCCUGCUGAGGGAGAUCCUGGUGUCCGGCUGCGACCCCAAAUCUUACGUGGACGAGUGCGUAAAGAGCGGCUACAAGAACCAGAGCGACGCCAUCUGGAACACAAGCGAUCUGACGGCUCGUCUCUCCUGGAUAAAGUGGGAUUAAAUCAAGAAGCACAAGGGCAGCUUUUGGGUCUGGAGCCUGCAGCUACACGCCACGGCACGGCGAGGCCUCCUGCAUCUGCAGACUUCUCACCAGGUCACACACCUCAGGCUUUGUCGGCCCGUCCACUUCUUCCUCAUGAGAAGCUUUUAAUAUUCUAAUUGAUUGUGGACUGGUAAUUGAGGGCUAUUGUUUGUGGUUGGCACGACACAACUUUCCCAAACGGAGAGGUGCAUGCUGGCAUGAGGCUGAAUGGGCCUGGUGAGGGCUCAUACUUCUGCAUGCUGCACUCGAGUGUUUGCUGGAGUCCUGCUCAUUAGGCUGCAAGUCGAUGUGUUAAAAAGAUCCUUCAUCAUGUAAAUAGGAAGACAAGUGUGAGAGGGUUGGAGCUGCCUCAGCCUGCAGGUGCUGUUCCCAGAUAUGAUGGAAAACAAUGUUUACUUUAAAGGUGCAAUAUGGAAGCAUAAAGUAAGAACAACAUCCUGGGGUCGCAUUUGGUUACUGUAGCCCAUUUUUAUAAUCAAAUAGUCACAAACUCACUAUCAUUCUGUCAGUUUCAUGGCUGCUGCCAGUUAUGGAUCAGCACCAGAAGAUUCUAGACGACAAGCAAAGACGGGUCAGACACCGUGAGUUGAUAAGCGGGUAAACACAUCGUCGUAUCUGGUGAUAGCACUCUUGGCUGUUUUACGCUAGGGAGUAGUUACUACACGUAUUAUGGUAAAUGGCCUGCAGCACCUUCGUAAGGUUCUACAACCCCCCAAGGCGCUUCACAACACAUUCAUUCACAUGCUGGUGAUGAUGAGCUACAAUGUAGCCACAGCAGCCCUGGGGCGCACCAACGGAAGCAAGGCCGUCGAACACAGGCGCCACUGGUCUCUUCGACCAGACAAGGUUGGUUAAGUAUCUUGCCCAAGGACACAACAGCAGCAUUCCAUGCUGGGAUCGCACCUACAACCCUCUGAUGUUAUGGUAACAGGUCUCCUGCAGCACAGACAGACACCCCGUGGACUGGUGCUGCCUACAGCAGCCGGCCAGACUCGUCCUCUGUUUAAUUCUGUACAGAGGAAACGUCCGGUUACCCCCAGGCAGAGAGGGACAUGAGGGGCGGGGCUAGCCAUCUCAAAAAUAACCAAUCAGAAAAAAGACGGAAAUGCCGACCAUACCGCAACACUGUCGUUUUUUAGCUGUAGUCAAAAAUGGCGCCAUGGCGAUGGCGCAAACAAGAAGAACGACUUUUAGCGCUUCUACUUGUUGUUUUAAAGACAUGCAAGUCAGUCAGAACAGAGCAAAGAGCCGCAGCGAACUCCGCUUCAGUCGCCAUGUUUACGACCACGUCGACGUUAUGGUGUGUGACGUACACUCAGCACUUAUUUAUUUAUUAUUAAUGCAUCGUUUAUUUCUCUUAGAUUGUUUUUCCCUGUUAGAAAUGUACGAAGUGUUCUACAACAUCAGUUAGCCGACCCCACCCACCCGUUUUUCUCAGCAGCACUGGG